AUGUCCAAGACUGCACGUCCCACGGUUUACCUGUUUGUUAACAAGGACAGAGCUUCUCUGUCCCUGUCCAGAUGCCACGGGAAAGACGCCUCGGCUAUCCUCAGCCAUGUCCAGUCGUGCCGCAACCAGAAGAACAAGCAGUUGCACAUGUUCAGAGUCGAGGACACCACCGAGCUAAUCUCAGCACCUCCGUCCCCUCGAAAGCAAUCCAUCAGCCACAGGCACCCCAGGCACCGUUCGCCGAGGCCAACCCCACCGUUGCGAAGUGACACACCACCAACAACACCCAAGGACCAUCGGCUGGUUAAGCCCGAGCCAGUAAGCUCUCCUCCUCCUUCUCGGACCAACUCCCCGGGCAAGGCGCCCGAGGUCGAGGAACUGCUACACUACUUCAACUCGUUAUGCUUUGCGCAAGAGCCACACCCUCACGGCCAACCACAGAGCCAAGAUCUCUUCCAUCAGCUCGUCUCGUCCGAGGGGUUUUCAAGCUUCUCGGAUCGAGUUGUGGGAGGAAUUCACGGAUAUGCCAUGCUUGCCUGCAUAGCCGCGAGAAUGGGUGCCGAUAUACCCAGUCGACGCGAGGAGUUCGAGAUUAAGGCAACCAAGUACAUGCAACCGUCGCUCCAACGGCUACGGGAACAACUCGCCGAUCCAGCGACGAGAACGUUGACCGAUCGGCAAAUUUUGCAGGAAAUGGUUCUCCACUGUGUGACGAAUUGGUAUCUUCAGGACUUUACAGCCGCCCAAACACACUUAAAAGCCAUCAGUUGUUUUAUGGGUUGUCUCGACGUUUCCAACAGUUCAGACCGCAGGCUGAUGGAUCUCAUCAACCGGUGCGGUCUCUUUAUCGCUACGAGCAUACGUGCCGAGCAGACCGCGCGUCCAAGCGCGUGUCAGAGGACAGAAUCCUUUUCUGCACGUGGUUUAUGCCGGGUGGUCUAA